AUGGGGUUGGAUCUUGACCCUAGCUCUAAGGAUUCCAUAUGUUAUGCUACGGCGUUGAUCCAGAAAGGUAUGCUGGAUUACUAUGAAGGUACUCGUAUCGGUGGUACAGUAGGAAUGUUUCAAUCUCCUUACUACUGGUGGCAAGCUGGUGAAGCUUUCGGUGGGAUGAUCGACAACUGGUACUUCUGUGAGAACACGACCUUUGAGUCGCUUAUUUACGACGGAAUGCUGGCACAGACGGGCCCUCAUUACGACUAUAUGCCGGAGAAUCAGACUAUGGUGGAAGGAAAUGAUGAUCAAGGUGUUUGGGGACUCACUUUGAUGGGUGCAGUGGAACGCAACUUCACGAAUCCUACUAACGGUGCACCCGGCUGGCUAGCAAUGGCACAGGCCAUUUUCAACCAGCUUAACAGCCGUUGGGAUACUGCAAAUUGUGGAGGUGGUCUGAGAUGGCAGAUCUUCACCUGGAACGGUGGCUACAACUAUAAGAAUACUAUUUCGAACGCAUGUCUGUUCCAGAUUGCCGCGAGACUGGGUAGAUAUACUGGAAAUGAUACGUACUUGGAAGUGGCUGAAAAUGUUUUCGAUUGGCUUGUGGACGUUGGUUACGUUGUUUUGAAAGAUGUGGGUAAUGUCUUCGAUGGUGCGGAAAUCGAUAACAAUUGUACCUCGAUUAACAAGCUCGAAUGGUCUUACAACCACGGUGUCGUUCUUGGUGGGCUGGCCUUCAUGUAUAAUGCAACCAACGGGUCCUCUGAAUGGGAAACGCGUGUUACGCAAAUCUUGGGUGGUGCUGAGUCCUAUUUCUUCAAAGAUUCUAUCAUGUAUGAAAGUCUUUGCCAAGGUGACGGCACAAGCACUUGUAACUCCGAUCAGCGGUCUUUCAAGGCUAUCUUUUCCAGAAUGCUUGGUCUGACAAGUGUCCUGGUACCAUCGACACAGUCUAAGGUUGACGAUUUGCUAAAACAAAGUGCUUUAGCUGCAGCAGCCUCUUGUAGCGGUGGUACGGAUGGCCAUACGUGUGGUCUGAACUGGAACAAGCAGGCCAAUGACGGUUACUACGGUUUAGGAGAGCAGAUGUCAGCGCUUGAAGUAAUGCAACAGUUAUUGAUCCACCAAAAAGCUGCUCCUUUCACGGAACAAACCGGUGGCUCUUCUGCCGGUGAUGCCAACGCAGGUCUAAACACGUCAUCGGCGAACGUUUUGCAGAACCAGCUAGAUAUCCAAACUAAAGAUCGCGCAGGAGCAGCAAUCAUAACGGCAGUGAUCUUAAUGGUUCUAGUGGGAGGAUCCAUAUGGAUGCUCUUUUAG